UUGUCUUCUUGUUCAGUCAAUGAAGAAGGCUUCAAACAUCAAAUGUACGCCAUGUACUCCACGCCGACAUGCUACCUGCAGACGACGCACCAGGAGAAUUUUGUCAAUGAAGAAGGCUUCAAACAUCAAAUGUACGCCAUGUACUCCACGCCGACAUGCUACCUGCAGACGACGCACCAGGAGAAUUUUGUCAAUGAAGAAGGCUUCAAACAUCAAAUGUACGCCAUGUACUCCACGCCGACAUGCUACCUGCAGACGACGCACCAGGAGAAUUUUGUCAAUGAAGAAGGCUUCAAACAUCAAAUGUACGCCAUGUACUCCACGCCGACAUGCUACCUGCAGACGACGCACCAGGAGAAUUUUGUCAAUGAAGAAGGCUUCAAACAUCAAAUGUACGCCAUGUACUCCACGCCGACAUGCUACCUGCAGACGACGCACCAGGAGAAUUUUGUCAAUGAAGAAGGCUUCAAACAUCAAAUGUACGCCAUGUACUCCACGCCGACAUGCUACCUGCAGACGACGCACCAGGAGAAGUAA